AUGGACUCCCCUUCCGGCAAAAUCCGCCAAGCAAUCGGCUUGGCAAAACGCCGCCUACAAGAUGCCCUCCGAUCCUACCUACAAAUCCAAAAGGAAAUAGACCUAAAUCCCGCUGAAAUCAAUGACGAGCAACUCUAUAACACCUUCGAAACUGCCCAUGAUGUUUUCCGAAGACUAUCCCGAAAUGUUCAACGAUUAGACGAGCUCCAUAACCAAUGGCAACGCAUCAUUGAAACCAACCCAUCCGAACAGACCACCUUCGACAACUACAUUACCGCUCAUGGAGACUUCCGCUCCCUCGUCGAGGAAGGUCGCGCCGCCGUCGACCACCUCCGACUCCGCAUCGGACUUCUGCGCGAAGCCACAUCAAACCGACUCGAACUGACCGACCCUAAUGACCUGUACGACAAUGGCGAGGGAACACUGGACAUCGUCCCCUCUAAUGAUGCCGUGUUCUCCACCCCAACCACGCCGACCCGUCCCAGCACGCCGGCUACCCCUGCGACUCAGGUAAACCCUCCCGCCGAACUAAGUCAGCCCUCUCCCGGCUGGAUGGACCUCCUGUUCCUUCCAAACGUCUCAAUCCCCCAAUUCAACGGCAAUCCCAGCCGAUGGAAUGAAUUCUGGGAUUUGUUCAACGCCAUGGUAAACAACCGAAAGUUGGAGCCGUGCCUGAAGCUCUUCCAACUCCGAUCAUGCCUCGAAGGUGAGGCAAAAGCAGCACUUUCCCACCUUGGAAAUUCUAACGCCGACUACAACAUUGCCGUCCAAACCCUCAAGGACCUCUACGGUGACCCCCUCAGAGUCACCCACAGACUCCGCGCAGAAAUCCUUCAAUUCCGUAUCCUUGACAAGGGAUCCAUCAACCUCUACCGAGGAUGGUCCCGUCUACACCAAUUGUACUCCCAACUCCUGUCCAUGGGUGACCCAGCCGACACCACCCUUCUAGCCCAAGUCAUCGAAAGCAAGUUCCCGCGCUACGUACUCCAAAAAGUAUACAAGGAUGCCACCAUCAUCCCUAAAGGAAAACAAAUGUUAGAUGCCGUAGGAGAUGUCCUCCGCAAAGAGGCAAAUAUCGAUCGAAUGAUUUCCGACAACCAUGGAGACCAGAAACGCCUCCCAAAUCGGCCAAAUACACCCCGACGGCCCGAUCAAGUGCUCUCUCAUUAUAACGCCGACCAAGACGAGAAAAAUCCCAAUGGGCCCUCCUGCCACCUGUGCGAAGGCCGACAUCUCACCUACAAGUGUUCCAAAUAUGGCGAACCCCAAGAACGACAACGACAAGCAAGUUUGAAGAAAUUGUGCCGCAAUUGUCUUCUACCUGGACAUUUCGUCCCCGAAUGCCCCUCCAAACAUUCCUGUCGCCAUUGCAACCAACGGCACCACUCCUCAAUGUGCUUCCGUAACAACCCGGCCGGGCCAAGCAGACCAGCUCAAAAAAGCAAACCAGCGCAGAAAGUAACCUUUGCUCCGAAACCCGCCAAAACCACCCCUUCGGCUAAAACUAGGCCGCCUUCCAAUCCACGAAAGGAAAAGACUCAUGUCGUUAUUAACGAAGAUGAAUUGGACGACAAUGAACAGUCAGAACAAGCCUUCCUGACAAAUACCAAGCCAAAGCCCAAACUAUCAACAACUCUACUCAUGACCACCGAAGUGGAAGCAAUCAACCCCGACGUCUCGAAGGUAAGCAGACCUGCUGUUCUUUUCAGUGACUCCGGAAGCACUCGCAGCUUCAUCACCGAAGAACUCGCGUCCAACUUAAAACUGAGACCCCUCUCCGACGAGAUAACCACAGUCAACGUCAACACAUUUGGAGAUCACAGCGAGACCUUCAACACCAAAACGUACAACUUAGUCAUCCGCGAUCCAGCGCACCCAAAGAAGACAACCAAAAUCUCCGUCCUCUCCAUUCCCAAUAUGACCAGUUCGAUGCUGGCUGCCCUCCCUACCGAUUUCCAUGAAACGCCACUGACCGUGAAGAAAGUCCGGCCCUCCAUCCUUCUCGGAAUGGACAAUCUCGACAUCUGUCGGAGCACCGGAGAGCCAGUCGACCUCCCCUCGGGCUUCAAGCUCUCACACUCCAAGAUAGGGCGAUUCAUCUAUGGAGAAGGAAAGGCAAGUCCAGUGCCUCAAACCAAUGCCCAUACCCACCAUUCUUACAUGAUGGAAAUGGCGAUCCCUCUGCCUACAACAGAAGGAUCUAUCACCGCCAUUGCUGGACCUAUGUGGUCAGGAAAAACAACUCUCCUCUUGGAAAAAUUGAAUGAGUUUCCCGAGCAAUCCCGCAUCCUGAGAAUACGGCACGUGGCGGACAUCAGAUACACUGAAGGUAACCAAAUUGUGACUCAUGACGGCCAGACCCACGCCUGCAUGAGAAUCGCCGACCUCAACAGUACGAUUGCCUUACUGAAUGUCUACGACGUGUUGGCCAUCGACGAUGCCCAUUUUUUCCCCGAAUUGGCUGUAGUCUGCCAGAAGAUUCGCGACCUCGGUAAGACUAUCAUCGUCACCGGACUCCUAAACGGGACUUAUCUCGACAAUCCUACGCCGAAGACAAACUACAACUUCGCUCCAUUAUGGGCCAUUGCAGACCUCCGCCAUACUCUGCUCGGAAAUUGUGAUAUCUGUGGUGAACCGGCCUCUUACAGUAAAAGGAUUGUCCCGAAUCCCACCGAUCCCACCGAUAUUUCUCAGUGGGUCGGCGGUAAGGACAAGUAUGCUACUCUUUGCCCAACUUGUGAUACAGCAUACACCACCAAGCAUUCCCCACAAGUAUUCCACAUAUCCAUUCCUACAGAGGAGACCCCCAACGAUUCUUCAACCGAGCCCGUGUCGAUUUGCGUGAAACAUACGGAACAAAAGCAGCUCAGUUCCUUACUCACAAAAUUCUGGACCCUCGAACACUUGGGAAUCCACGACGACCCCAGUCGUAACGACGACGACCUCGCAAUGGAAGCCUUCCUUAAAACCGUCACUCGUGAUGAAGAAGGUCGAUACGUUUGUCGAUGGCCGUGGAAAGGCACUCCUACCACUCUUCAAAGUAAUUUCGGCCGUUGCCUCGGGCGACUUCGUUCUACUCUCCGCCGCCUCAGCGCUAAUCCAACCCUCCUCCAACAAUAUAGUGAGAUCUUUUCCGAUCAACUCACCAAGGGCAUUAUCGAGGAAGUCCCUCUCAAUCAACCGAGUCAGGGACCUCUCCAUUACAUCCCCCACCAACCUGUCAUCACCCCCGACAAAACCACGACCAAAUUACGCGUGGUUUAUGACGCUAGCUGUAAAACUCCCAACGGGAAGAGCCUGAAUGACCACAUGUUCCGCGGACCAGUGCUCCUCCCCGAACUGGUUGGCAUGCUUCUUCGAUUUCGUGUUACCAAGAUCCCAUUGCUUUCCGAUGUUGAGAAAGCUUUCCUCCAAUUAUCACUGGACGAACGUGACCGCGACUGUACCCGCUUCCUCUGGGUCCGUGACGUCACCCAACCCGCGGAAGGUGCCAACCUGAUGGUCUUCCGCUUCAAUCGGGUUUGUUUUGGAGUAGUUUCAUCACCCUUCCUCCUCGCCGCCUGCGUGGAUUACCACCUCCAACACUACCCACAUCCCUUGGCCAAAGCAAUGCGAAAAAAUUCGUACGUCGAUAACGUACUUAUCGAAUGUUCCGACGUCCAAGAGGCUACCGACGCUUAUCACCUCUCACGACAAAUCUUCAGCGAAGCAAAAAUGAACCUCCGAGAGUUUCAAUCCAGCCAUCCAACAGUCAAGGCCUUUUUGGAACAACAAGGAGAAAAGAUCCCGGAAAUUGUCAAAUUUCUUGGCCUACAGUGGAAUACAAACACCGAUAUUCUCACUCUCGUGCCCUGGAAAACCCCAAACUCCGAACAGCUUGCCACAAAGAGAACCAUCCUCAAAAGGAUCGCUAGCCUGUUCGACCCCCUAGGUUUUCAUGCACCUUUGAUCCUCCAAGCUAAACUCCUCCUCCAAAAGUUGUGGCAACAAGGUAAAGACUGGGACAUCCCACUACAGGAAGAUCUUCUUUUUGAAUGGAAUCAAAUUCAAUCAUUACUCGAGACAUCCACAAUGCCCACACUACAACGCCACGUAUGCCCAUUUUCUUCUGACUCUGCUGAACUUCACGUGUUCUGUGACGCUUCUGACCGAGCUUAUGCAGCAGUCGCUUAUCUUCGCACUCAGUCAGGCGACCUCAUCGAUGUGUCAUUCCUAAUCGGUAAAAGCCGUCUGGGACCCAUAAAAGGCAUGACCGUGCCCCGCCUGGAACUCCUCGGACUUCUCAUUGGAUCUAACCUUGCUCGCACAAUUGCCACUGAGCUACCGUCAAUUCGGCUCACCAACAUCUUCCUCUGGACAGACUCACGGAUCGUCCACACAUGGCUUCUUUCUCGUCGAACACUUCCAAUCUUCGUCAAGAAUCGAGUCAACUCCAUCUGGCAAAAUGUCCCCAACGCCUCGAUCCGAUACGUUCCCACGGCAGAAAACCCAGCUGACUCGGCUACCAAACGUUGUCCACCAUCACAACUUUGGCUCGAAGGUCCCGCUUGGCUCCGGCAGUCACCAAGCCAAUGGCCAAAUCAACCGGAACUCUACGAAGCUCCGGAGGAUAUCACUGCUGUCGCCGAAGUAACAACGGCACCCAUACCCCUCAUCGAUGCUACUCGGUUCAGCCGCUGGACCAUCCUCAUCCACACCCUUGUGUGUGUACUGCAGUACCUGGCGACCGUACUCUCGACCAGUAAUACCGCUCAACGGAAAUAUCCCUGGCUUUCCGUGUACACCACGCCGUCCACCCCACACACAACCCAAUUUCAUACUGCAGAGAAAUUGUUCUUUCGGUUAAUGCAACAAGAACGACCCCCAACAAAAGCUCAACAGCACGAGCUCAACCUGUAUCAAGAUUCUGAACAAGUUUUUCGCUGUCGUACUCGGCUCGCCCAUGCUUCUCUCCCUACGACAGCACAAAACCCCAUCUUCCUACCAUCUCCCCAUUACGGGACCGCACUCUACAUCCAUCAUAUCCACCAACUAUUGGGACAUGCGUCCACUUCAACUACGCUAUGUCACCUUCGUUACCGCGUAUGGAUUCCAAAAGCCAGACGCCUUGUCCAAUCCAGCAUUCGCCAAUGUUCUUGCCGAACGUUGAAGCCGUUCGCGCUUCCACCCUUUCCCAAUUACCCACACAUGCGUGUACAACCAAACCCUCCAUUCCACUACACAGGCCUGGAUUACGGUGGUCCCAUCUCCGUCAGCAUCACCACUACCGACACCAUAAAAACAUACAUCUGUUUGUUCACUUGUCUCACCUCACGGGCCGUACACCUCGAGCUCGUAUUGGACCUUUCCACCCUCGCCUUCCUCCAGGCCCUUCGAAAAUUCAUCUCUCGACGGGGCACCCCAGCCGAAGUCUGGAGCGACAAUGCCCCUCAAUUCCGCCUCGCAACUCAAGCAAUCACCCUUGCAUGGGCUGAAUCCGAAGACGUACAAUCGUAUUUGGCAACGCGCGGAAUUAAAUGGAGCUUCAUCACCGAAUCUGCCCCUUGGCAGGGCGGAUCGUGGGAAAGAUUGAUGGGAGUAACGAAGACGGCACUCAAGAGAGCCAUCGGCAAGAAAAAGAUCUCGCUGCCUGAAAUGAUGACGGUAUUAACCGAGGUAGAAGCUAUCGUCAAUUCCCGUCCACUGACAUUUGUACCCUCAAAAAUCGAUGAUCAAUCAUUUCACCCGAUCCGACCCAUCGAUUGCAUCCAACCAGGAGCCUUCAUCGGAGUCCCUCUCCUCGACCCUUGGGAUCCCGAGGAUGGCACCUUCGAGCCUAAGCCGUCAUCGGUCACUAAGUUAAUGGAUCUUUGGAGAAAGCAACAAAGAAUCAUUAACCAAUUCUGGAAAAUUUGGAGCUCGGAAUACCUCCUCACUCUGGCCGAGCGACAUCAAACAACCCACAAACAGGACAGAUCUGCGAUCGAUCGACUCCCAAUGAAAGGAGAAGUCGUGCUUGUCCAUGAGGAAGGACUCGGAAGAGGAAAGUGGCAAAUGGCGAAGAUCUUGGAGAUCGUCACUCCAAACAAAAUCCAAAUUCAACUCGCUACACCGCCCCAUUUGGUCCUCCACCGAUCCCCGAAACACCUCUAUCCACUCGAACUUCAACCCGAGAUCCCAAACGCAACUGAAGGAAUCCCAAGAACGUCCAACCAGCACGAUAGCCCACCGCCACCCAGACGGAGUCCGAGAAAGAAUUCUUCUUCCACCACACUAGUCGCCUAUUUUCUGGGCAUAGUUCUUAUUAACACCGUUUCGGCUACGGAAUCCCUACCCAACCCUUGUACAGCAGAGGACUGUGCCCCUUGGAGAUGGGAUUGCUGUACAGCUAUCCAAAAAACAGGAAUCUUCAUCUGGAUGGGAGUAUUACUCGCUCUAAUACCUUUCAUUUGCAUCCUACUAGCUAUACACACUUGGAUUUGGCGAACAGUCAGAUGGAUCUGGACUCGAUGCCGUCCACAAAACCCUCGGCAACCACGAUACCAGGCUCCACACCGAAUUCGACGUCUUCUUCGGACGACAGGCACCAUUUACCUCCUCUUCGGACUCUUUCCGUGGGUUAAUGGUUGCUCAGAGGUAACCGCCUUAACCGCGAGCACUCACAACUGCCGUUUUGAUGAAGAUUCCAACGUCGAGACCUGUUCCCUCUCCCAAUCCAUCCAACUCAGUUUGCGGCCCAUCAACGAGACAAGCUGUCUUCGAAUCACCACCCCACUCAACGGAUCAUAUAUGCUCCGCUUGACUACCCUCCAGCUAAAGUUUAAAUGUAACUUUAAAUACGGCUACCAUACACGAGACUUUGCCACCACAGUUGAAUCCGUCCAUCGAUGUGACAUGGCAUCGAAUUCGUACUGUCAAGGAUAUCAAUGUGAAAAGGUCUCCACGUCCGACGACCUCCCCGAAUUUUCACUCCUAGCUCGUCGGGCCCCCGGCUACUCCCACUGUACCCGGGCCUGUGGGUGCGCCACUUGUGGCUGCUUCCUCUGCAGUCCGGGAUGUAACUUCUGGCGCCUCUAUGCCUUACCAAAAACCAACAACAUUUACCUAAUAGGACGUUGCCCCACGUGGACUAUAACCGCGUCAGUAAUCCUAGAAGUGAGCGGCAAAACGUCCCUCAUACAACUGGUGGCUGCCAAGCCCGUCCACGUCGGAAACGAGAUCUUCACUCUACAGGCCAUAUCCACUCCGCAGGUACCGAUUCUGUAUCAACCUAUGGUUAUAAAAGUGGGAACCAACGAGGCCAUCACCACCGCAGCCUCUGACCCCCAACAACCUGCUCCGGGCAGCCUAGGGGUCUUCCAAUGCCGCUCAGAAGACGAUGCCAGAAGAUUCCAGUGUACAUUCCCCCAUGAAACUUGUUCAUGCAGCCCCAGCGAUUUCCACACCAAAUGCACAUGCAACUACCGCAACCCUAUGGACCUAUGGCACAGCCCGGAGGUAAAACUCCCGUUCACUUCUGGUCCAAUAAAGAUCGCCUACCAAAACCACACCAUCACGGCAGAAAUCGCUCAACAAACCGCCAUUCUGGUUCACAUCGCCUUCCAAAACGCAACGAUAUCUACGUUUCAUUAUCGUGCAAAGUGUGCACCUUCCGUGAUACAACAAUUGACCGGAUGCAAGUCUUGUCAUUCGGGCGCGCAAGCUAUCAUUUUCUGCCAAUCCAAAUUCCCAACGACUAUCAAUGUCGAGUGUGAUGGAACAAAUGUCCAAUCAUCUCCCUGCAACAACAUUACGUUCCAACUCAACAUCCACACCGAUGAAGCUGAAUUUAACAAAAACUGUUCCUACUCCUGCUCCGAUAAAUCUGACGGAACUCUACACCUUUUCGGAAAACUUCACACCAUGACGAUUCCUCCUCCCCCGUCCAAGGAACUUGGACAGUGGUGGGCAAGAGCCGCCGAUGAAGUUCCGAUCGGAAACAUUCUACGCGAUAUUACACAAUUUCUGGAAAAAGUCGCUUGGUUUUUCCCUUCUUUAAUCUUCCAAUAUCCCCUCCUUAUGUUAAUUGUUAUGGCAACUGUCGUUAUCAUGCUUUAUUUUCUUUUCCGCUACAAUUUCCCUUCCACCCCACCUGCGAUCUUUCUCGGACCUCGCCCGCACCAACAACUCCCCGAAAGCCGUGGUCUCCUGCCCAAACGGGCUAAGCCCCACCACCAUUAA